UAGAAGAUUCAUUCCAUCAGGUGUUAGUUCUUUAUUGUAAAGGCAAAAUUAGCUUGGAGGAGGCAGUCGAAAUGGCAAUCAAAAGCAAACCCAAUAAAAAUAAUAAUCACUCUGUGGACAUUUCGAAGCAUUCCAUUGUGCUUAAUCUUUCAGACAAACCUCUACGAAUCAACAACGACGACAUGGUUCUAACAACUAAUUUCUUUCAUAUACUAGGAAGACUAUACCAAGAAGGUCACGAUUUACAAAUCCACAAACUCUACCCAAAUGCACAAUUCCCGGUAAAUCGAAACACACCCAUGCUUUCCCAUUUGAUUAAAUGGAACUGUGACAAAAACUGGUACUGUUACAAAUUCUCAGAAGACACAGACACUCCAUUGCAAAAAAGUUACAAGAUAACGGACCAUGAAUACCUAACUGGUCACCAAAUCGACGGACUUGGUACUAUUCCACCAAGCGAAAUCUUAAACUUGGUCUGGCAGACAUUCAAAUCACGUUUAGUACCAGCAAUCGUCUUCGAAAAUUGCGAAUUCGUAGAAGUCGUACCUCUCGACAAUGUUGACAUUUUCGUAUCCAUUUUACCCAAAAGUGGAAAGUUUGAGGUCUACAAAGACAACAAAGUUGUAGCUUGUGGAAGAGUGUUCGUACCCGACGACAUCAAGAAAUACCAAAUAAGUGUUCCUUGCUUUGAACAAAAAUCAAGUGAAAUUUUGACACAAAACGAAGUUUACAAGACUUUAAAUCUAAAAGGGUACAACUACAGUGGUUUGUUUCAAGGGGUUGAAAAGUGUGACCUUGAAGUAAGUGAGGGGUCACUCCGCUGGGAAAACAAUUGGACUACUUUUAUAGAUAGCAUGAUACAGACGGUGCAGCUGCAAGAUAGUACCCACUUGCUUCGUCUACCUGUUGGUAUCAGGCGGUUGACAAUAGAUGUUAAUAGUCACUUGAGGAUCGUCAAUCAGACGAAAUCGUGCCAUUUUUGCUUUCACAAGAAGAAUAAAACCAUAAAGUCUGGAGGGAUUGAAAUUUUUGACGUUUGUACGAAACUUCGUCAAAGACAAUGUCAACAAUCACCGGUUCUAGAAAAACAUGUUUUUGUUCCAAACGUGGUUACGCUUGAUCUGGAGGAGUCUUUAAUAGUCAACACACAGAUUGUAGUUGAGAAAAGUUUGACAAGUUGUAUCAAGGCGGUAGAAAUUGUCGACGACAACAGUGACCCUCUUCUUCCUCUGGUACACCGAAUAGUACAACGAAUGCCAACAGUCACUUCCGACUUUACGAUUUGCGCAACCAAAUAUCCAGAAAUUAUCGACAAGUCAAAAAAUUUGCUUUUGGUUGUUGGUACCAAGGUACCAGCGCUUUUGGACCAAAUUUUGGCCCUUGUUAGUCAAGACGGUUUCAUCUUGACUCGCGAAAAACCCUCUUUUCGGUAUAAGGAAGUCGCCAAUUUAGAACUUCUCACGGAACAUUGCACUCCCCAGGAAAAACUACUAUUGUUACAAAAGUCAAAAUCGGUUUAUUAUGUCAAACACGUACGACUUUCCUGGAAACAGUUAAACUGGUUGCCUACUCUACAACGUGCUCUGAAAACCAAAAAUGUGGUGGUUGAUUCCAGCAACGUAGAACCUGAGGGUGUUUUAGGGUUGACGACUUGUGUCAGACUGGAGCGUGGUGGUACCAAACUCAGGUGUUUUGUCACGAUGGACGAAGUACCAGAGUUUGAUUCAGGGAGUGUUUUCUAUCAAGACCAACUAAGAAAGAACUUUGCCGUUAACGUCUUCAAAAGUGGCCAGUGGGGUACUUAUAGGCACUUACCUUUAAGUCAAGAUGGGUCACGUAACUUUGCGUGCGACGAAGACAAAUCUUAUGUCAUCGUUGGAGGUUUGGGGGGGUUUGGGUUAGAACUGACCGAGUGGUUGGUGGCUAAUGGUGCCAGAAAGGUGGUACUGGUGUCUCGAGUGGGACUACAAAGUGGCUACCAAAGACGCAAAAUUGGGCUGUGGAGGUCUUCUGGUGUCGCUGUAACAGUGUCUACUGUAGACACCACCACCAAGCAGGGUUGUCUGGAACUAAUCCAAAAAGCAAUAAGUGAGUUAGGACCAGUGGAUGGCGUUUUUAAUCUGUGUGUGGUACUGAAAGACGCCUUCUUUGAAGAUCAGACUGAAGAAACAUUUAAGGAGUCGUUAUCGUCUAAGGCUAAUAUUGCUGUUGCGUUGGACCAAGUGACACGACAGUGUUGCAAAAACCUCAGGUACUUCGUUAUGUUUUCGUCUAUGUCGUGUGGACGUGGCAACCCUGGCCAAAGCAACUAUGGAAUGGCCAACUCCGUCAUGGAACGACUUUGUGAAAAAAGACGAAAUGAUGGUCUACCAGGUUUGGCGAUACAGUGGGGUCCCAUAGACGAUGUUGGGGUUUAUGCCAAAGCAAUGGGUCAAAAAAAAAUUCCUCUUCAAGGUUUCGUAGCCCAGAAGUUAGGGUCAUGUUUCAAGGUUUUGGAACGUUUUUUGGAGCGAGCAGACGCUGUUGUCUCUAGUGUAGUGAUUGCGGAAAAAAACAUCGUCAACGGAAAUUCACACAGCGUGCUUGACCAACUUGCUCAUUUACUAGGGGUUAAGGAUACGAGAAUUCUUAACAAGGAAUUGACUUUGGCAGACCUUGGAAUGGAUUCGAUGAUUGGGGUUCAGUUUGCCCAAAUUUUGGAGCGAGGUUAUGGAAUUUGUAUACCGCUUGAAGAUCUUAGAAGUCUCACGGUGUCAGAGUUAGUCGAAACCGAAGACAAAAUGGGUAAACUUUAACAAUAUGUUAAUACUUGACGAAAUAAAACUCCAGUGAAAA